AGCGCACCGGCAGAGCGAGACACACGGCACCAGGGGAGAGUCAGCGCGCGGUUUUUUGUUUCAUGCCAUUACAGAUUAUUUCUACCGCUCAUCCGUCAAACCAACAGCACUUUCUACUGUAAAAAAGUCUAGGAUCCUCAAGCGACACGGAGGAGAGAUGCAGCCGGCGGCGAGAUGGACUUUGCGGCUUCUUAUCGUGGGUUUGAUGGCGCAAGGAAGCAGCCAGCAAAGGAUCCUAAAGUCCAGAUGACGGAGUAUCUACUUAUUCAGGCUGGACAUGGGUGCUUCCUGCUCUGAAGAGUUGUCAAUGCUGUACCAAGUCCUACAAAGCUGCUUCUCAUCCAAGGCAGAGGACCGGCUCUUCAGGAAACUCUUCAGAAGAUAUAACCAGUUCAUCCGACCAGUGGAGAAUGUGUCUGACCCCGUUACUGUGGAGUUUGAGGUCUCCAUCUCACAGCUGGUCAAAGUUGAUGAGGUGAACCAAAUCAUGGAAACAAAUCUAUGGCUCAGACAUAUUUGGAAUGACUACAAGCUGCGGUGGAUGCCCAGAGAGUUUGACGGGAUCGAGUUCAUUAGAGUUCCAUCCAACAAGAUCUGGAGACCCGACAUCGUGCUCUACAACAACGCUGUAGGUGAUUUCCUGGUUGAGGAUAAGACCAAGGCUCUGCUGAAGUUUGAUGGUACCAUCACCUGGGUCCCUCCAGCCAUUUUUAAGUCUUCCUGUCCCAUGGACAUCACCUACUUCCCCUUCGACUAUCAGAACUGCUCCAUGAAGUUCGGCUCCUGGACUUAUGACAAAGCCAAGAUUGACCUGGUGCUAAUCGGGUCUAAGGUGAACCUGAAAGAUUUCUGGGAGAGUGGCGAGUGGGAAAUCAUUGACGCUCCUGGCUACAAGCAUGAUAUCAAGUACAACUGCUGUGAGGAGAUCUACCCAGACAUCACCUACUCCUUCUACAUCAGGCGCUUGCCACUCUUCUACACCAUCAACCUCAUCAUCCCCUGCCUCCUCAUCUCUUUCCUCACAGUGCUGGUUUUCUAUCUCCCGUCCGACUGUGGUGAGAAGGUCACGCUCUGUAUCUCCGUCCUGCUCUCCCUCACUGUGUUCCUGCUCGUUAUCACCGAGACCAUCCCCUCCACGUCGCUGGUCAUCCCGCUCAUUGGAGAGUACCUGCUCUUUACAAUGAUUUUUGUCACGCUCAGCAUCGUCAUCACCGUGUUCGUGUUGAACGUUCACUACCGCACGCCAAUGACCCACACUAUGCCGGAUUGGGUGCGCUCGGUGUUUCUCAGAGUGCUACCGAGGAUCAUGCUGAUGCGGAGACCGAUUGACGAGGACAGCAAGACUGGGGGGUUGGACAGCAGUGGGGAGGCAGGAGGAGCUGGAGGGGGAGGAGGAGGCGGAGGAGGGAAAGGAGGGAAAGGAGGGAAGAAGAGGAAGAAUAGCUUGCUGCAGCAGGUCGGAGGAGGCUCCCUCAACUGCUUGGAGUUCGGGGACAGUAAGUUCUCGUCCGUGGACGGCUGCACUGGGAAUAAAUGCACUUGCCCCUGCCAGCAUGGGAAGGAGACCCCAGAUACACCAGACUUGGGGAAGAUAACACGUCAGCUGAGUCCAACAAGCAUCAGCACGGUGGUGGCCUUUUCUGUGCUGUCGCCUGAGGUCAAACAGGCCAUCGAGAGCGUCAAGUACAUCGCUGAGAACAUGAGGAGUCGCAACAAGGCCAAAGAAGUGGAGGAUGACUGGAAGUACGUCGCCAUGGUGAUCGAUAGGAUCUUCCUUUGGGUGUUUGUGACCGUAUGUGUCCUGGGAACUGUGGGCCUCUUCCUCCAGCCGCUUUGUGGCUUUGUUUCAUAACUUCUAAACUAACAGGGUUCACUGUCGCCCUGUGUCGAACAAUCCUGAACUAUUGACGAACUUUUAGUUCUCAGUUGACCAAUCAGAAGACAGAGUCCUAAAGCACAAAUUGGUGUGCAAGUUUUGCUUCUUGCCUUUUGCAAAAAUAUCGAAACAGUGACGUUGGGUUUACAGUUUUGGCACUGGCUGGUAAAGUGCGUAACAGAAACAAAGGUUCUAAUUUUUAUAUAUUUUAAGGCUGCUUUACCUUAACAAUCAUUAUCAUAAAAACCUUUAGAAUACCUUAUAAAGCCUUUGGAUGAACUUCAAAGAAAUCAAGGGGGUAAUGUGUUCUACUAAGUGUGCCCUUUUAACAAAGUUGACCAUUUUUAACAAGAAAAUAAAACAUUAAAAAAAUAUAUCUAGUUCAUUGAUCACAGCUUUUAAAUGUAUCUCUGUAAUCUGUAAUGUUUUGCUAGGUGUGUCUGAAUGUGUAUGUUGUAGAGCCCAGAGAUGAUUAAACAGCAACAAUAGGCAAUUACUGUGAUUUGGUUCUUGUUAGCAAUGUGUACACACAGAAAUGGUUUCUAUUGCAUAGAAAAAAGCGGUAAUUUACUUUUGACUGAUUCUUUAUUUACUGCGUUUAAGCCUUGUAGUGUUGAUUAAGCCAGCCAGGACUCCUGGAAAUGACUUUCUCAUACAACUAAAGUGUGUUGUCACUUACAUUUGAAGGGGUACAUAUUUUGUCUCAGAUUACUUUUGUUUUGGUAUCACAGAUACAAUACUAAUGAGUGAAUGGACGGAGGACAGUGUGGAUUGGUGGGUAAUGUUCAGAAAGGGGUUUGAGUCCCGUGUCGUUGACAUUUGAGGUCAAAAGUCCCCGCUGAGCUGACGGAUGACUGUCAUGCCCACUCCCGAGUCUGAUCCAUCACACUGCUGCUCACUGUCAAAGCCAAUCGCAUUCGCUGCCACCUUUGUGUCAUUCACAAUUAGAGCUCCGAUUCCUGUUGCGCUUGGCAGCAGUUUUGACAAGUAAGGGGAGGCUGUUUUUUUUCCUACUGAUUAGAAAACCAUGUGUUCAUAAAUGUUCUUUCUGAUUAAUGUUCCACACGUUAAUUGGUUGGCCUGGUCAAAAUUGGAUUAAAUGCUUCUUGAUUAGCUGUCCCUGAAAUAGCAUUUCAUCUAUUAAUUCACAAGAAGAUUCUAUCAACCAAUAUUAUGGCUAUUUAUUUAAGCUCUCUUUUUCUCUUGUCACUUUUGGAUUACAUUUACCAUUACAAACCAAUGCAAGAAACAUGCAUGACAGAAAUUUAGAUUGCUUUGACCACGGGAAUAUUAUCGGUAGAUCACAGCACUAUAAAUGUUCUGCUUCAUUUCCUGAAUUUCAUUUAUCCCCAUUUGUAUUGUUAUAUGAUUAAGAAAUGCACACCUCAUGCUGAAGGGAGCAAACAGGUUUGUACAAGUGAUACCUUUCUUUUGUCUUUGAAAUAAAAUCAAUAUUUGUUCAAA